UGCAGAUAUACGUGCAAUUACCCUGUCAACAGUGCUUAAAAUCUCUUCUGGUGUUCGUAGCGUUGCUCUGCACACGGUGAUCGAUAACAUUUGCCCACCGAUACGGCAUUGAUCGUUCUUCCGUUCGCGCGUUACACGCCGCGAAGAAGAUCGCGUUUCGCGACCACGUGAAAGAAAAAUUAAACGUCCCUCCGUCUUGCAGCUCACGGCGAUUCGAAUCGCCGCUGUCGCCACUGCCGCCGACGUCUGCCAGCGUAGUCUCGCGAUCAGUCGCUAUCGCACGCUGCGCACGGUGAGUUUGACGUUUCGUUCGAAGGCAACGUGUAGUGACGAUUCGUUCGGCAAAGGGUGGCGUUCACCGCCUGUUCGUGUACCAUGACUAUCUGGUGAAACCGGUGAGAUUCAGUUUCCUGUACAUCGAUGCGUUCUCAAACAUCCCUAUGCUUUCUAUGUUUUCCUAAUUAGCGCAUAACGCGAUCGCGAGUGGUGUGCUGUUGUGUGAACAAAAGACCAGUGAUCAAGAGAAAGGACAACGAUUUCGCGAAUUCGAGAUGACUCGCCACCUGUGGCUAAAAGCAGCGUUCGCUUUCCUCGUGAUAUCAGGUGCGAGCUGCCUGCGGGAUGUCAGCCUAGAAGUAGUUCCGGAGGUAGUGCAACGUGGUCAGAAGGUGAUUCUGCGCUGCCAUUACGAUCUCGAGGAGGCUCCUCUUUACUCCCUCAAGUGGUACCGUGGCAGGUACGAGUUCUACCGUUACACACCGGUCGAGGAGCCGGCCAUGAAAGUCUUCAACAUCACUGGGAUUUACGUUGACGACGGGAACUCGAACAAGAGCCAGGUAACGCUGCGCGACGUCGACUUCGCCCUCUCGGGUACGUUCAGUUGCGAAGUUACGGCGGACGCGCCGACUUUCUCCACGGCCUUGGUCUCGAAGAAUCUCACGGUAGUGUCUCUACCCGAAGGCACGCCCAUUAUCGUAUCGGAACGCGAACGUUACGAAGCCGGAGACACUUUGAGGGCAAAUUGUAGCUUACCACCCUCGAAGCCACCAGCUCAUCUCUCAUUCACCCUGAACAACGUAGCGGUGGAGUCCUACAUGAAGCGUCAACCACAACAGAGGUGGGAUCGCAAUGACCCGCUGGUCCACGCUGAUCAACCAGAGAAUCUUCAGUGGAUCGAGAUCAGGGUAAAUCUUCAGCCGUUCCAUUUCCCAAACGGUCAGCUGAAUUUACGAUGCAGCGCCCAGAUUCCAGGCAUAUAUUCGGCGAUAAGCGAGGUACAGCUCGGUGGUGGACUGCGUGAACCUGUACCAGAGAGAGUGACCUCCGAGAACGGCAGCGAAGCACCUACGGCCAUCUAUUUGACGAUGCUGAUGCUGUGUAUGCUCCAGCUGUUUCUGAGAUAGUCACGAUACGUCUGAGGCUACGGGAAGGGAGUCCAUGGGCGUCGCAUGAUAAACAGCGCACUAGUCAAAAGGAGGAGCAGGAGGAAAGGGAAAAAGGGCAGUCUGAGGGCUGGCCGAACCGGCUGCGUGAAAACAAAUAAUAAUAUCGUUGAAUCGGCAUUGGUAUUACGUGUUUUUUAGCUUACUCGGUUCGGUACCGUUCAAGAGAGAGAAACGAUCGCGAUUGCCACCGCUUUCAUUGUUACAACCCUUGUCGUACGUCCCUGAUUACGAUCGAGUUCAUGGAGAUCGCAGGACACAACACGGUUCUUCGACACGCUUAUCUCGACUGUCGAACGAACGUUACCAUCCACGAUCCACCUAUUCGAGAACAACAGUCGUGAACUGGUCUUCGAUUCGAGGUAGCCCUCGCAGAUGCACAUCUGCGCGCGUGCUAACUUCAGAGGAGAGAAAGGCAGUAGUUAGACUCGCGUUCGAUCGGAGUGUCGCCUAAUGCUCAAACAAAUUCCGUAUCCGUUAAGUAACAAACGACUGAUCGUUCGAGGAGAGGUCGAGAGAGCUAGCUUUGAAGUAAAAUCGUGCAUCGUGCUUACGUAUAUACGUUUCCGACUCAAAGGAUCACCAUCCUCUAUCGCAUUUGUUCUCUUCCGGUUCCUACCGACGAACCGCCGUGAGAAGAACGUAAUUGGGGACAGAGAAGCGAAAUCAGAGAAAUGCAAAGUACAAGGAGUAACGAUGUUCCGUCGCUAUAGCACGCGUCCCUAGCUCGUUCUUCAACGAAGGGAACGCGAUCGUGUGUCCUGCCAUUAUUCCGGCUAAAGAUGCGUGUCAGAGGCUCCAUGUCGUUCUACCGUGUCUAUUCAACCAUUGUUCGCGGGCCAGGUGGAAGGACCCGGGGAUCGAUCCUACGAUUUUGAUGCCAAGGGGCUAGUCAAGUGGCGCUCGCCAGACUCCUAACUUCUCUUUUCCCUCGUUUUCUCGUGUGUCCCCAUGUAGCAGAGAAGACGCUGUCUCCGUUUCACGUCGUAACGAUGUUUCCGUGCGAGAGUACCUGCGGGACAAGG